AUGGAUGAGGCAUCCGCCUUGAUCGCGUGGGGGCGGCAGGUGCUCGCAAACCGACGCCUGCAGAAGCAACGGGAACGGCUGCAGCGUGAAGUGCAACGCACCGGCGACGCGGUGCCGCUUGCGAAUCCCGCUGGGGCCCGCCACUCGCCCGUGCCAGAGACACCCGAGACGCGCUGGAGCAACGAGGUUGCUGCGGCGCUCGUGAUGGACAACGCGACCCCACAAGAGCAUCGCGCGGAGCAACUGCUAGAGCGUGGGGGCGGCCACGAAGGUGUGUCACCAAACCGCCUUGCUCCUCCUUCGAAGGCGGCGUACCGUCCGAUGCAAGAGACGGCGGAAGUGGUGCAGCUCAAGCGACGAAUUGAGGUGGCCAAGCAGAGUCUUCAGGAGCUGCGCGGGCUUGAGCGCCGCAAUGCAGAGGCGUUUCGGCGUCGCAUGCGGGAGUUGCAGAGUAUGCGGCGGCAGGUAGAGGUGUACCGAGAGCCCCGUCAGUGUACCGCUGCUGACUCCCUUGCGGUGAAGAGUCUGGGGCAGUCUCGCUUCGGCGCAGCCGCAACGUCGCACCAGCGCCAGAGACAGGGACAGCCGAAAGUGGGUUACAAGGAGCAACUGGAAGAACUCUGGGAGCUCCAGAAGGCUGUGCUGAAAAGCUUGAAUGAUGAGAAAUUGGCCGGAGUGGCAGUGUCCUCCUUGACGGUUUGCGCUGGUGAUGUGCAGAAUUGGGACGAUCGCCUCUGGCGUCUGUUACGCGAGGCGACGUUUAACUGGAAGCUACGACUGCUGCCAUCGCUUCGCGAGUUCCUGGAGCUCGUGCAGCAGCUGCCGAUGCUGCCGCAGCGAGAGGAAACUGCAAGAACAAGCCCGAUUAGAUCCCCGACAGAGUACACUGAGGUCGCCGCCGCCCUGGACGCCUCCCUCGGCCCCGUCACGGCUCGCGUGCGGCUACCGGCGGAGGCGGACUACCCCGCGCUGGAGUGGCUGGACAAUCUGCCCGUGACGGAGGCAGUUGGCGUCGUGCGUGACGUUCUCGCCAGGGCAGGGGCGGACACUGCGGCGUCCCUCGCCUCCCUCAUUCAGCUCUCGGACCAGAAGGACGCCCAGCUUGCCUGCCUCCUUGGCGAGGCGGAGCAGCAGCUGCUGCGACAGGACGAUGCCUUGGAGGAGGCGCACGCGCUGAUAGGGAGGCUGCAGGAUGAACAGACGUCGCUGGCGGAGGACGGUGUCGCCCUCCACGACGCCAUUGCGCUGCUGCAGGAAAAAGUGGUCGUGCUGAGGUCCCAGCGUGAGGAGCGGCGGCGCCAGGAAGCGGCGGCGACGGAAGAGCUGCAAAGGCACCAAGCCCGCAUUCAUGAGUUGAGGCAGAGUCUUGAGCGAGAGGCGGCCCUGCGGAGCGAAGCCGGGAGGCGCACAGACGAGGCGAAACGGUCCAUCGAAGACGCGGCGCUGCAAACAACGCUCCUCCAUGAGGAACUAGAGCGCACCACGGAGCGCCAAAAUGGCGUGGAGCACGAGGUGCUGCGACUUCGACGGCUUUUUCGCCUGGUGAAGGAAGAGGAGGCAGAGGCGACACGCCAAAGAGAACGGCAAGACGAGGAGCUCCGCGUGGCGCAGUCGGCCCUGCAAACAUCCAGAGAAGCCUUCAUGCGGCAAAGACAGAGGCAGGACGAGGACCAGAAGGCAUUUGCGUCUAUCCGUUGCGGUACGCAUGGGGUGCUGAGUGCGAUACAGGUGGAUGAAGAUGCCUGCGCCGAUUGCGCCAAAGAAAUUGACAUACAGCGGGGUGUUGCGGCUGUCGUGCGUGAGGAGCUUGCAGCCCUGCAGGCGGAAGUGCAUGAGGCAAAUAAGGCGUUGGCGGCGGCACAGAGAAUCGCUCCACGCCGUGAAUGA